CAAAGCGAAACAUUUGAAUGCAGAAUGAGCCUAAUGAGACGCCGUAGUUUAAGCCUCAUGAGGCGAGGCCAAGCCGAAGCCAAGGCCGGCAGCGGCCUCCGGGAAAGUCUCCAGGCCAUGAACGCGCAGCCUCGGCUCUCAAAUACUGAGGGGCAGCGCAGGAAGGAUCCGUGGCAGCCCGGGCCCGAGAUGAGCUUAGAGUCCUUGUUUCAGCACAUCAUCUUCUCGGAGCAUCAGGCAGAGGAGAGUCGCCGCUUGAUCCGAGAAGUAAGGUCGGAAAUUAACAGAUGUCGAGAAGAAAUUAAGAAAGCAACUGAGAUGCUCAAUGAAGAGAAAAUCAAAUUGGAGUCAAAGGUUCAGCAGUUUUCUGAAAAAAACUUCCUCUUACAGCUUUGGAAAAUUCAUGAAAAUGCCUUAGAAAGACAGUGUGGUGAAAUUACAAACCAGAGGAAUAUGCUUCUCCAAACCUUUGAGGCUACAAAGAAAAAAAUGACAGAGGUGGAGGAAAAAUUUAUUAAGGAAAUUACAGACUUCAAUAAUGAGUAUGAAGUAGCAAAGAAAAGAGAGCUUUUGAUAAAAGAAAAUGUCCAGAUUGAAAUAUCUGACCUAGAAAACCAGGCAGACAUUUUGAAAAGGGAAAUGAAGUCAAUGGAACAUGACAGUGGCCAGUUAAGUGAACUUCAAAAACAAAAGAGUGAAUUAAUACAAGAAUUAUUUACUCUGCAGAGAAAACUUAAGGUUUUUGAAGAUAAAAAGAAUGAAGCCAUUUGUACUACCAAAUACCUAGAGGCAGAAAAAGUAAAAAUCAAUGAAAAGCCUCAAAAUGAUGCUGAAUGCUUAAGACUUAAGAAAGAAUUAGAACUUUAUAAGGAAGAUGACAUGCAAAGUGCUUAUGAAGCUCUCCAAACAGAAAUAGAAUUUCUGGAGUUGACAUUGGCACAGAAAGACCUUCAGGAAAACAAAUAACUAGAGGAGAAUUGACCGAAGCUAUCCAAGGUUUGAUCACAGCACCUUAGAAUCGAAUCUUGUGACAGAUACAUGAACAAUUCCCGUUAUAACAGAUUUUUGUGAAAAAAUGUGAGGUCCAGAACCUUCAAAGUUGUUGAUAUCUAGAAUUGGUAUGUUAGCAUUUUAAAAAUGUAAUUUCUUGUCUUGUUACUUCCUGGAAUUUUAAAGCUUCUUACAGGGUUUGAUUUUGUUUCUAAAGGAAGAGGAAAGGACAGGUAGAUCUUGUGCACUCCGCUUCUUGUCUCCCGUGACCUGUAAGCUGAUCUGUACUCUGUGAAGUUGUUAGUUCUCUGUUGCAGUUUACCUUGGGUCCGGUCAAACACUGCUGGGGGGGUGGGGGGGGUGUGGAGAAACGAUCAGAUUAUUGAUCCAAUUUUGUCGGUGCCAUUUCCCCCAACAAAGAUGCUCACUUUCAUUUUAAUUCUUCUCUAAUGGUAAGAUGUCUGUUGACAGAGGUCCUCUGAGGCCUUUCAUCUGCAAAAGCCAGUUUUCUUCCUUUUUCUCUAGAUACUUAUGUAGAGUUUUACGUCCGGGGCGCCCGCGGUCGUUUUCCAGCGCUUGUGUCUGCCGGUUUUCUUCCCGAUGCUGGUGUUGGUGAGAAUGAAAUAAGCCCCCCACCGGGGGAUAUGCCUGAUCUCCUUAUGGCCGUCAGGAUUCAUUUCGCUGGUGGACUGAAACAUGGCAAUUAAAACUCGCAUUUGGAUCGAAUUUGGCAUUUCCACCAAAUUUGCAACAUCGUGUAGCUUCCUGCAGUUAGCAAUCCCUUCUAGGAAGGUGUUUUUCACUAGUUUCUAAAAAAAAGUGUAUGGAAACUUGAAUGAAACCCCACCUAAAUUGCAGUGGGUCGGGGAGGGGAACAAAGCCUAUCUGGAUUUUGCAAUGUAUCUAUUGCAAAGUCCGGAGUGCAAAUAUUAGAAUCAUGGUUUCUUUUGUGGCUGUAGCUGAAUUAGUCAACAUCAAAUAUGAGAUGUUUACAAAUGUGUUCUACGGAUGGUGAGGUGGACUAGUUUCAGGGCAAGUCCUAUUUUGGUAUAGUUUUCUGUGUAUGUUGGUUUGCACUCUUUUUUUUUUUUUUUUUUUAAUUAGUAAAGUUAAAACUCUCCUUUGAGGGGCUCCUUCCUGGGUGGCUCAGUCGGUUAA